AUGGGAACAAGCAUGUGUGUGCCGCGACGGCGGCGGGAUGAUAGUCCACUGUCUUACUUUGGCAUUUCAGUGAGCACGCUCACCGUCUAUGAACAGCGGUUGGUGCAGCAAUCGACCAGCUACAUACCGGGCGUUCCCAUCCUUCUCCAAGACAUUGCGUUUUAUUGGGACUCGCAGGUCGGAGGGGCCGUCGCCGGUGGGACCACCGCGGCUGUUUCGCCAGAUAGCAUAUGGAUUGCUUCUGUGGAAAAAACAAUCAACGAAUUUGCGAAGAAAUACAAACUUUUUUCUCUUAAAAAAAAUGCACGUGUGGGAAAAGGCAGCAGUGAUGCAAAGAAGAGAUCCUCGGGCAAGAAUGCCAGUCGUGUCUUUGAUAAGCCUUUUAAUGCCUUUUUGGGAAAAACGCCUCUUCAUGCCCCUCAUUUUGUCGCAUUAUUGACGCUUUUUCUUCGCAAACUGCCAGAGCCACUGUUGACAUCCCUCUAUGUGCGCCAGGCGGAAGAUAUUUUGAGCAAUAAAAACUUAUCUGAGGAGGAAAAGGCCCAGGCUUUGCAAAAAUCAAGCCGUCAGACCUUUAUGUCGACUCAUCCAACCGAACACGCGGUAUACCAAUAUUUGAAGCAGUUAGUGCAGCGUCAUCGUGCCGAAUUGAUUGCAGCAGAGGUGGAACUUCUGGUGCGCUCCAUGGUACGAGAGCCAAACGAGAACGUUACGGAGUUUAUCUUGCAACAAUUGCGUCCAGUUGUGGGGCCCGUGUUGACCAAAUCGAAGCGGGAGCUUCCGACAGACAACAAGCCUCAAUUGAAUUUUCCCCAUGAGCUCACGUCAGGGGUUUUGGGUGACGGCGCGAGCAACACGGAGGAGGAGGUGUACUCCCCACCCGGGUCUCACCACAGCGAGGCCGCAGAGGGGGAAAGAGUUUCAAUGGGCAGCACGCCAACGGAGACGUCUCAACCAAAUUCUGCCCGACGCACCUUCUCUGGCGAAACGGAAAACACGAGCGGCAAAAAGAAGAACGCCUCGGAUGUAAAACCCCCAGCGGAGGGGGAGAGCGGACUGGGGUCCGCGAUGAGUUGUGCGGACGCAGCGGGCUCGUCGCAGUCAAGUGUGGCAGCGGGGGAAAAUUCGGCCGGCGAGGCUCAGAGCGGGGGACUUCCCGUUGCCUCCAAGGCGGUCAAGAUUGACCCCACUGAAGAAGUCGAUUCGAGCGGUAGCAGUAGUAGUAGUAGUAGUGUGCGGAGAGUAUUGGUGCCCAAGGAACGGCUCCAAGCGACCUGUUCAGAGGAAGAAGAACAGGAGGAGGGGCGCUCUAGAAUGCCAAAGAACGUAGAAAAACCACCACACCGCGAGGCUUCAAUUGCAGAUUCUGUUCAGGCGAUGAGCACUUCUAGCGUGGUGUUGACACAUGCGAAGAGAGAGCGGCAUUCCACCCCAAAAAGAAGGGAAAAAAACGUGCCUAUGGAUGCCGAAAGUGCCAAUAUUGCCGGUGGUGGUGGUGUUACUGAGAAAAAAGCCGUUGUUGAUGUAUUUUCUGACCCACGUGGUGAUGCAAAUUUGGACGUACAGAUUUCCAAAGGGCGGGAAGGCCCUUCACUUUGCACAUCUAGCGAAACAAUUCACCCACCACACGACCUCAGUGGGGGCGCUGUUUCCCCGGUUAAUGAAGAGGGCGUUGACGACAAGUAUGAAAGGCAAGAGAAACAGCAGCAGGCGCCGUUGCAUAAAGUGCUUCCUUCUAGUUUACAGAAGAAGCCAUCACAAACUCAACUGUUAGGCUCAUCGGUUGCGGUGGAGACUCCUGGUCGUUUAGAGGACUCGAACCCAACCAUCUUCAGUGGGAAAGGACCUUUCAAUGAGGCUCCCAGGUCUUUUGUUGAAAAGCACCCUUGCUUUGCUGCAUUAUUGGGGGCAAAGCAGUUGUUUCUUGGAAAGGAAAAACUUCCCCCGAAGCAAAUAGAGCUUGGUCGACGUCCAACCGGGUUCAUCAUGGAAUCGGUGGAUGCGGAAACGAAAGGCGGUGACGCUGAGCCAUUGUCCAUGAGGCAACUAUUAGCGUGUACCGCUGAAGGUCUUAAUGAAGUAGAUAGAAGAAAACUUGUUCAUUAUGAAUGUAAUGAUUUUUUUUCUGAAGAAGUCACGGAUAGAUUUCUAUGUGUUCACGUUGAACGCGUGCUUCAGAAGGUUAUUUAUCCAGUCAUAGUGCAGAUAGAGCAGUUAACAGCAAAAUCUGAAUCAAUUGAACGGCUGUUGAGGACGAACGGAAUUGUGUCGCCGCCUUGCCAGGCCCCAAAACUUGUGAAGCAGUUAGAGGACGAGAUGACGGUCCUGAAGGACGUUGUGCGGCAAGUGGUGGAGACUCAUUCUGGAGCCAUGGAGGAUAUCCUCAACCUUCAGCAGCAAAUUGAAGAACAGAGAAACCGACUUGAAUGCGACGCAGUUGGGAAGCAAAAAUGGCAAAGCGACGCAUUGAGUGCAAAGGAGAUGGCGCUUGAGGCACAACGUCGCUGUGCAAACCUGGAGAAGGCCCAACUUCAGUCUCAUCAGUCGUGCCAGUACAUGUCAUUGAAACUGAGGGAUUUGGCGUCCGAAAUAGAACGUGGAGAAAAAGAGAGCCUUGGCUUGAAAAUUGAGGUUUCCACACUUCAACGGCAGGCUGUGUUACUGCGAGAGGGACUUCUCUCUAUUCAUUGA